AUGGGGGGGGGGGGUCACGGGCACACGCGGGACACGGACAAGGCCGUCUCCUGCGCUCCGCCCGCCUCCUGCGCAUGCGUAGCGCAGCCCCGCCGGCUAGCGGCGGGACCUCCGGGGGCGACGGAGUCGCCAGGGGGCGCUGUGCCCGGCGGGAGGAGGCGCUCCGUCCCGCCCUGCCCUCUGUGGCUGCUACGACCUUCGCUCCCUGACCCCGUGACCGCCGGGGGCGGAAGCGGCGGCGGGGACAUGGCCAAGUACCUGGCGCAGAUUAUCCUGGUGGGGGCCCAGGUGGUGGGACGGGCCUUCAUGCGGGCGCUGCGCCAGGAGUUCGCAGCGAGCCGAGCGGCGGCAGACGCGCGAGGGCGUUCAGAGCGGCCCCAGUCCGCCGCCGCCUCCAGGAUCAUCGGCAUCAGCCUCCAGGAAGCUCAGCAGAUCCUCAAUGUCUCAAACCUCAACCCGGAGGAGAUCCAGAAGAACUACGACCACUUGUUCAAAGUGAACGACAAGUCAGUGGGAGGCUCCUUCUACCUACAGUCCAAGGUGGUGAGAGCCAAGGAGCGGCUGGAUGAGGAACUCCGCAUCCAGGCCAAGGAUGAGAAGGAGAAGGGGUGGAAAGCUGAGACGUGACUCCUGCCGAGACGUGACUCCUGCCGCCUCCACGCCCCGCAUCCCUCACCCUUAACUUAUAGAUAGCCAAUAAAUACCGUGUCCUCCA